UUAUCUCUAUCGCGCAACGCGCGUUAAAAAACUAGUAGUAGUAUAGGAGUGUAAACAAAAUUCAAAACACUACAUUAUUUUUUUAUAUAACAGCAAUACAGCAUAAGAGUUUUUUUUUUUAAUGUCGUUAUUAACAAGCAAGGAGAGGCAGAGGAAGCCUCGCCGUGGUCGAUCUUGGGCUUGACGUACGGGCCACGAAACAAGAAAAAUGAUAUGGUGAAGCAUGAUGGGUUUACCCAAAAACAUUUAGGGCAUGUUUGGAUUGAGUGUUAGAGAGUGUGAGUAAUGGAAGUGUUGAGAAGGGUUAACAUUAACACUUGUUUGGGAGAAAAAUAAAGAAGUGUCAGCAAGUGUUAAUAAGUGUUAGGAAGUGUUGGUAAUCACCUUCCUAAUAACACCUCAAAUAUCUACUUUUUUAACAUCCCGAUUUGAAGUGUCACAUUUUAUCUGCCGCAAGCCAUCUCGUCUGCUCAUGUGCCUUCGUCUCAAUCUUUCAGCCUUGUUCCAGGUUAGUACUCUACUAUCUCUCACCUCAUCUACUGUCAAUGUUCAUCUGCGAAAUAGCUUUUACGGAAGAAGCUUUUCUGAAUUUCUUGUCAGAGAGUUGAGCAAACAGCUCCAGAAAUUGAAGGAUUGCCAGAAAUUGGAGCUGCCGGAAAAAGGUUACUUCAAUUUUUCAUACACAAAGAGGAUGUUAUGGACGAUGAUUGUAUUUGCCUUUGGUGUGGACUGUGGGUUGGGUUGGCUAACUCGGAAGUGAUGAAACCAAUAAUUCAUCUUUGUUGUUUUAAAAUAUACAUAUAUAUCGUCGAGAUGCAAGUAUUUCAUUUUUAAUACACAGUAUUAAUUAGAAAUUUUAAAUGUAAUAUAAUAAGUGUAAGGACAUAUUCGUAAAUUGAUGGGAAAAAACUUCUUUUACUAACAUUCCAUUUUUUUAGUUCUCCCAAACAAGGUUAAUUUAUAAUUUAACACUUACACUUACCUUCCUUUUCAGACCUUUACUAACACUUACUAACACUUCCAUUACUAACGCAUGUCAACACUCCAUCCAUACAUGCCAUUAAGGGUAGACGGUAGAGACAUAGACUAUGUUUGGCAAGCCAGAUAAGCUCAAAAUAGGCUGAAAUAUUUUUAGUUCAGUCAAAUAUUUUGAGAUUAGUCCUGUUUGGUAGAAGAGCUUAAGAUGACUGGAUCUGAAAUAUCAGGGCUGAAUUGCUACGCUUCUCAUCCUAGCGUUGAUGUUCAGGCGAUUCAACAAUAUACACCCGUUCCCAAAUUAUCCUCCCCUCCUGCCUUUUUUCUCCAUUGAUCAACUAUCUCUGAUUUAUCUUCACGACCACACCAACACACUACUCCUCCUUAACUCCCUUGAUAACAAAUAUAGAGUACAUGUCUUAACUCUUAAAGCAGUCAAGAUCAGAAUGGAUCUCAGCGGCACAAAUGGAGAUGGCGGUUGCUACUCUUCAGAGUACUAAACUCUAGCGAGCUCAAGCGAUGGCGUAGAUUGGAACGACGAGCUUCUUCCUCACCCUCUCCAUUGUUGCAAUACCUUCUGGUGACGAUGGCGGAGGAGACCAACUACAAGUCUAAAAAAGGUUUAUCCGGCCAAUUUCCUCCAACAAUCUCAAGAAAGUAUAUGGCGUCGGAUAUGUCUGCACGUGUGAUCUCACAAGGCGUUGUCGCUGCACUCAUCACGGCCAUGUUAUUCUUGCAUGUGUGGUGUGAUUUAGACUGGUAUUUGGAUAUAUCUCUACGUAUAAUGCUUACUCUUUUUACUUUCCUACUUACAAUAAGCCAUACUUUAACACCAAUUUUUGAGAAAAUUAUUAUUCCUUUAUUUAGUGGUAAAAUGACAACUAUGAAAAACAAGAACCCACUAAAAUCAAGUUUAAACUUGGUUAGUAGUGAUGAUAAUUUUAUUGCGGUUGUUUCUCAAAGUUGUAAAACUAAUGAUGUGAAUGAGUGGGUGGUAGACUCCGGGGCUACCAAGCAUAUUUGUAAAAACAAAAAUGAUUUUACCUCCUAUACCAUUAUAGGAGAUGGUGAAGAGCUCGUGUACCUAGCGGACUCUAAAACUGUUAAGGUGCAUGGAAAAGGGAAAGUUCUUCUUAAACUCACAUCGGGGAAAACUUUAUCACUAAAUGAUGUGCUUCAUGUGCCCGAGAUUCGGACUAAUUUAGUUUCUGUUUAUCUCUUGGGAAAAGUUGGAGUUAAAGUUUCUUUUGGUUGUGAUAAUUUUGUUAUGACCAAAAAUGAUGUUCUUGUGGGAAAUGGCUAUUGUAAGAAAGGACUAUAUAUACUUGGCAUUUCUGAAAUAUUGCAUGAUAAUGCUUCUGUCUA